CAAAUCCACAGCGCUGGAGAGAGAGCAUAGCGGUAGAGAGAAAGGGGGAGGGACAGAGACAGCAGUCAGUGUGACAGAUAAGAGCGGCGGAUGACUUGUCUCUCUCUGAAUGCACCGUGAGCAAGAGAGCAAGUAAGUGCACAAGGGUGCCUGCCAAAGCAGCUCUGCACACACACACACAAAUACACACACACACACAGACUCCACAGCCUGGCACAGACAGGUAGCGUGUGAGGAGAAAAGAGUCUCACAACGAAGGUGGGUCGUCAGAGGUUUCCCAAGCCGAGUCUACAACAGUGUAAUGGGUUGCCCAGACCGGAGGCUUUUCCUCUGAUCCUGCAAAGAGGUUGGCGUAUUCCUGCAACGAGAACUAGUCCUCACAUUGAGCGACCCUGGGCAUGGAGAAGCUGACAGAGAAAGAGAAGGAGCUGAUCCGAGUCAGCUGGGAGAGUCUUGGCAAGAACAAAGUUCCACACGGAGUCAUCAUGUUCUCCAGACUGUUUGAACUAGAGCCUGCACUCCUCAACCUCUUCCACUACAACACAAACUGUGGCACCACACAAGACUGCCUCUCCAGCCCUGAGUUCCUGGACCAUGUCACAAAGGUAAUGUUGGUGAUCGAUGCAGCAGUCAGUCACCUGGACAACCUCCAUACCUUGGAGGAUUUUCUGCUCAACCUGGGGAAGAAGCACCAGGCAGUCGGGGUUAACACCCAGUCCUUCGCUGUGGUGGGGGAGUCCCUUCUCUACAUGUUGCAGUGCAGUCUGGGUCAGGGGUACACAGCCCCGCUGCGUCAGGCCUGGCUCAACAUGUACACCAUUGUAGUGGCGGCCAUGAGCAGAGGAUGGGCCAAGAACGGAGAACACAAGACUGACUGAAACAUACGCUUGGGGUCUGCUACCAGUUGCUGUCUUAUCACCCUCAUGGUUGCUAUGGAGUAAGGUUGUAUAACUCACAGCAUAAAGGUUUGAUUGCUGUAUAUGGUGAACGAAUGGCGUUAUCACACUUGACACAACAAAUAAUGGUCGAAUCACCUGGUGUUCAGAGUUAACUGUUUUUGCUGUGGAUGUUGUAGCUGCCAGAGUGCUGCUAUAACGUUGUGGGGAUGUUAUGGGUCAACCAUCUUUGGUCUGCAGUUUGAGUUCCUCAUAUUAGAGGAAGCAUAGGGUUAAAUUAAGGUAAUAACUGAAAUUGCUUUGUAAAUAAUGCCUUGAUGUAUCUACUCAAGUAAUUACAAUGAUUGUGGUGGUUUUUGUGAUGUAUCUUAGAGUCACACAAUUGUCAAACACUGGCUAUAUUGGCUGUAUUACUUGGCUGGAAUGGGCAGCUACGAUAUGGGCCCUCUCCCAAAUCAAACCAGUGAUAUAGAAACAUUGAUCACAAAAGUACAGUAUGUCCAAGAUUAUUGUUUAGAGUGAUUGUCAUGAUUCUAUCUUUAUAUCUUUGAGUUAAGCUAGGUACCUGAUAAUGGCACAUACUAAUGAUCUCCUUUCUCUGUGUGUGUCCAUGACCUGGAGUGUAACAAUCCUUAGAGGUCAUCUUGAUUCUUAAAGCCAUUGGUAUUAUUAACAAACACAUUACUUUUGAUGAUGCUCAAUAGAAAAUGACAAGAACUGUUCAUGUAUUCUAAAGCUUUUCUAUGUGAUCUCUAUGACUGUUAGGGUGUCCAUGUGCACCUUUGUCUGAAAUGUGUAUGUGGCACUCUCCUCUCCUCUGACAGUAGAGGUUGUAAAGCCCACGUUGCCAUAAGCGUAUUACCAUAAUAUUUCAAUAGGCUUCAACUGACUGUUACUUAUUCUAAAAUAAAUGGUUAUUCUCCUCUCUUGAGUUCUAGCUAAUUGAUGUAAUGGAACUCAACAGUAGAUUAUUUGCUUGAGGGUCUUUGGGCUUGACUUAGUUUAGGCUCAUUCAGUUUUCACUAAUUGUAAAUGUAAAGUGGUGUUGAACCACAUACUGUAUCUAUAUAUUGUAAAUACUGCUAUCAUAUGUUGUAAACAGGCCAGAAAUAUAGUAGUAAUCUAUUUUGGCUUUUUGGACCCAGUAGGUAAUUGACAAAGCCAGGAUUUAUUCAUACAUUUUUUCUUUCCCUAUUUAGCUCAUAGUACUGCAAAGUUAAGAGCUUUUGGAGCUUGGAGUAUCUUUCUGUGGACGACCGUAAAGCAUUUAUUGAUAAACAAAUUUCACUACAUCCUACCUGAAAUAGUAAGCAAUGAUAGUUAGAGAUGACAGUUAGAGAUGAUAGAGAUGAUACUUAGAGAUGUGUACGUCCUUUUUGCUGCUAUGAACACAUUUACCUAUAUGUUUCUAUACAGUGUGUAUCAGUCGUUAUCUUCCUGUACAUUGAAAGUCACAAUGCCAAGUUAGCUAUAAUACACCAAGUAUUUAAUAAUAACACUACACUACUGUAUAUCCAAUCUGUUGAUAUGUGGUGAAUAUUGCUUCAGUCUGAGAUGACUUUUAUACAAUGUAUUUUUGUAUUUCAAGUGUUUUACGUAUGUGAAUGACUAUAUGCCAUUGCGAACACAGUUUUUUCAAACUGUUACGUUAACCACAACAUUUAUGUAAAAUCCAUAUAUUUUUCUUUUAAUUUGCAGCACAAGGCUGUUAAGCGUUUUAAGUAUUGAUGAGUGAGCUUUUAUCCUUAAGUCAUGAUAAAUGUAAGAGAGACAUUUCUCCUCAAUCAGUAUAAUUGCCAUAUUAUCAAUGUGUGAUCCCUAAAAGGAUGUCUGUUGGCAUUGAAUACACAACCAUUUCAUUACCAUUUCUAAAGGAGAUCUCACUUGAUCUUUCCUUUCAAUCACCUGUGAGCUUUAUUUUCAGGCCAUGGCAGCACUACUAAUUCAGAUUUGUUCCUCUCUCCCACUUUCCAACUAGCAUAAUGAGUUUCCCUUACCAGAUUAACCCUUCUCCGAAUCAAAAAGCAUUAUCAAUAGAGAAUCUACAUUGAACGUGCUUUUUAGUUCAAGAAUAAGCUUCAUCUGAGUCUAGGAAACCAGACCUAUGAGUUGAACACAUUUUCUAAUAUGUCUAUACAUGGCACUAGGCAGAUUGCUGUGUGUAUUGUCUCUAUUUCAAAGAUCUGAGAGUAGGCCUGUUUUGUGUGUGUGUGUGAAUUGCAUUGGUACAUUUAAAUAACAUGAUAUUCUGUUUAUGAGUGUCUCAAUGUCUACCUCAUCAACUCAGCUGCGAACAGCAAUGAUUUCAACUAUCCUUUAACCAAAAACACGUGACACUUAAUGCAAAUACAUACUCCCUCAACCAAACAGCUCGUAAAAUGGACCCCAUCCUAUACUUAUGUAAUGUGUUGUGUGCUUACUCAAUUAAUAGUAAAUAAAGGUGAUCUUUUGUGGACAUACUACUGAAAAAA